ACAAAAUCUUACUGUAGGCAUCCAUUGUCACCCUUAGUGGAUGAAAGACAACAUGGAUCAUCAAACACCUAUAUUCGGGAUGUAAUAGAUGGCCUAGAUUCCUAGCAAUAAGAGUUUUCUUUGUCUAAUCCUGUUGCGAGUAUUGGCUUCCCUUCUGAAUCGCAUCUUUCCAUGCAUACCCUCUUGUUAAAUUUUCCAUUCUAGUCCACAAGGCCCUUGUUGAUGAUGAUAUCUAUGUUACAGCAGUAAUAAUGACGUUGAUUGGUAGCUAGUGGAUCAAAUCUUCUAUGGUUCAAAAUAAUAGAUAUAUGGCGUUCUAUUUCAGAACAGCAAGAUGGUUUUAUUACAAGAUUAUAGUUGUUGAACUAGUUUGGCGUACUUCACUUGCUUUCAACUGCUUCCUCUUUCAUACCACUUCCUAUCCCAACUGCUCCUACUCGAGUUUAGCAGUUAAAACUAGCAACGUGUGCUAAAUUCCCUGGUUAUAUAAGGUCUCUGGUGCAUGAAUGCAUUGAAUUCAUUACAAUGGGGGUCUUCAUUACAAUGGGGGUCUCCAAGUCACGCAAAUAUUGUAUUCUUCUCUAUGUUUUUCUCAUCUUCCAUGUUUCUUUUAUUUGCAACGCACAAGCUUUAUCAACAGUUGCAGAUCAGCAUGUCCUAGACGUGCCACCAAAUGAUGAAAAUGCACCGGCUCGUGCUUCCCCUCCGGUUGCUGCUCCUAUUCUAAACAACGUGCCUCCUUUUGCAAAACCAUUAAGCAACCAAGGGCAACAGUCUCCACUGGGUUACCAGCAGCAACAAGAGCUGAAUAAUCCACCGCAAGACAUUAAUCAGCCUCGGACAGGCCUUACUCAACCACUUUCUUCUCUGAACCAGCCCCUCUCAGGCACUAGUGUGCCCUUUUCUGCUUUGAAUCAGCCUUCUGGGGCCGUUGAUUCCCAAAACUUACUGAGAAACCUUCCUUUUGCCAGUGGAGUUUCUGUUGAGAAAUCCUCUACUGAUCUGGGAGUCGUUUUGCACUACACCAGUAUGGAGAAACAUCUGAAACCUGUACCUUAAUAUGAUGAUUUUAACAUAUUAAAAUAUGUUAUCUUCAUCCAUGUUUAUGUUUUAUAGAUGUUAUUUGUGUU